AUAAAAUGUAAAAAAAGAAGACUAAAAUGUAAGUCAAAGUUCAUGCUUCUUGUGUGAGUGAAUCAUUCUCCUUCUGCAAAUAUUGGUUCAUUUUUCAUGAUAGUACUGUGUUUGAGUUUUAUGCUAUUGAAGUGAUGGCAAGAACAGUAGCAGCUUCUGAAACAAAGACUAAUAAAAACUAUGAAGUUUUCUUGAGUUUCAGGGGUAAAGACACGCGUGAAACAUUCACAGGGUAUCUCUAUGAAGCUCUGUGCCGCGAGGGAAUCAUCACCUUCAUGGAUGAUGAAUAUCUAACAGAAGGAGAAACAAUUCGACCACAACUCUUAAAAGCCAUUGAAGACUCAAAGGUUUCAAUCGUUGUUUUCUCCGAAAAUUAUGCAACCUCAGCAUGGUGUCUUGAUGAGCUUGUCAAGAUCCUCCAAUGUCACAAGGAGAAGAACCAGCUCGUUUUUCCGAUCUUCUACAAAGUAGAUCCCUCUGAUGUAAGGCAUCAGAAUAAUAGUUACAAGCAAGCCAUGGAUGCUCAUGAAAUUAGGUAUUGUUAUGAGUCUCAGAAGGUUCAGAAGUGGAAGGAAGCUUUGGCUGAAAUCUCCAACAUGAAAGGGUUUCAUUUGAAACAAGGCUAUGAAUUUGAGUUUAUUCAAGAUAUUGUGAACAAGAUCAGUACUAAAGUAUCUGCUAAGCAACUGCCCAUUGAGGAGCAUGUAGUUGGAUUGCAGUACCAAGUUGCAAGACUGAAGUCCAUUCUAGAUAUUGAGUCUAAUGACAACACAUUCAUGUUAGGGAUUCUUGGAAUCGGCGGAAUUGGCAAAACAACGCUUGCAAAAGCUUUGUAUAACUCUCUCUGCAAUCAGUUUGAAGGUGCUUGUUUUCUUUUCAAUGUGAGAGAAACUUCAAGUCAAGAAAAGGGUAAAGUAUGCCUACAACAAAUGCUACUGUCAAAAAUUCUUCAGAAGGGAAAAGUCAAGUUGGGCAGUGUUGAUGAAGGAAUCUCCACAUUAAAAGAGAGACUUUGCACAAAAAGAGUUCUUAUAGUUCUUGAUGAUGUUGAUAAAAUUGAACAGUUACAAGCACUAGCAGGAGGAUGUGCUUGGUUUGGUUCUGGAAGUAGGAUUAUCAUAACGACAAGGGAUAAAUAUUUGCUAGCAGUUCAUCAGGUCAAAAGGAUUUAUGAUAUGCCAAUGCUGAAUGAACAUGAUUCUCUCCAGCUGUUUUGUCAGAAUGCAUUCAAAACGAGUAGCCCGCCCACAAACUAUGAAGACAUGUGCAAUCGAGCAAUUCGAUAUGCCAAAGGCCUUGCAUUAGCUUUAAAAGUUAUAGGCUCGAAUUUGAUUGACAAAGAUUUGAAAGAGGGGAAGUCUGCACUGAACAAAUAUGAAAAGAAUCCUCAUAUAGAUAUUCAAAGUAUUCUUAGAAUAAGCUAUGACAGUCUGCAGCACAAUGAAAAGGAGAUUUUCCUUGACAUAGCAUGCUUCUUUAAUGGAAUGAGAUCGGAUUAUGUUAAAAGAAUACUAGAUGGGUGUGGAUUCUACUCAGAAGAUGGCAUCAGAAUAUUAAUUGAUAAAUCUCUCAUAGCUAUUGAACAUGGUUACUUGAGGAUGCAUGACUUAAUAAAGGACAUGGGUAGAGACAUUGUUAAGCAGGAGGCACCAAAAGAAGCUGGCGAACGAAGCAGAUUAUGGUUUCGAGAAGAUGUUCUUGAAGUACUAACAAAAAAUACAGGAAGUGCUAAAAUUGAAGGUAUAAAACUUGAUUUGCCAGAAGGGGUUAAUUGGAGUGAUACUCUCUUUAAGAAGAUGAAGAAACUUAGGAUUCUCAUCGUUCGGAACACGAGUUUCCGAUCUUGGCCUAUUUAUCUGCCGAAUCAAUUAAAGCUGCUUGAUUGGAAGGGAUAUCCUUCAAAAUCCCUUCCACCUGGCUUUUAUCCCGAGCAAAUUGCUGCCUUCAAUUUAUGCUUUAGUCUUCUUGUAUUGAAAAGGCCAUUUCAGAAAUUUGAGCAUUUGACUUGCAUGAAUUUCUCUUGCUGUCAGUCCAUCACUAAAUUCCCUGACGUGUCUGGAGCAAAAAGUUUAAGAGAAUUGAUACUUGAUCGAUGUAAGAAACUGGUUAAGGUUGAUGACUCACUUGGUUUUCUUCCUAACCUUGUUUAUUUGAGUGCUUCAGAAUGCACUCAACUGAGGAGUUUUCUGCCGCAAAUCUCUUUGCCAUCUCUUGAAUAUCUUAGCUUUGACUUGUGUAGUAGACUUGCACAUUUCCCAGAUAUACUGGGAAAGAAUGAUAAGCCAUUAAAAAUUUCUGAGACAUACUGCUUUAAGAGAGCUUUCAGAUUCUUUUGCUGAACUUAGUGGACUUGGCUAUUUAGAUAUGACAGGUUGUAAGGAACUAAAAUAUCUACCAAGUAGCUUAUUUAUGUUGCCAAAUUUUGUCACCUUGAAAAUUGGAGGAUGUUCCCAACUUCGAGAAUUAUUAACAAGUUCCAAAGGAAGGCUUUCUGAAGCAGAGCACCGGCCAAAGUUAGAGACCUUGGAUUUUAGCAAUGCAUGUUUGUCAAAUGAAGAUCUUCAUGUAAUUAUGCAGAGUUUUCCAAACUUGAAAGACUUAAACGUAUUGUCAAACUAUUUUGUGUCAUGCCCAGAAAGCAUUAAAGAGUCUAUUUGCUUGAGAAGUCUUGAUGUGAGCUACUGCCUUAAGCUUCAAGAAAUUCCAGAACUUCCUUCUAAUGUUCAAAAAUUAAAUGCAAGACAUUGCAAUUCCUUGACAGCAGAUACGUCAAGCAUGCUAUGGUCACAGGUGUGUAAAGAGAUAAACAAAUUACAAGUUUUGAUGCCACAGACAGAUAUUCCAGAUUGGUUCCACUAUCAUGAUCAAGGCGGAAUUCCAAUCUUCUGGGCACGUUGCAAGUUCCCUGCUGUGGCUCUAGCAUUCAUGUUUGGCAAAAUGAACUACCAAGCAGUUGAGCUUCACUUGUUUAUCGACAGCGAGCAUGUAAAUGUCCAGCGCCAACACAAGCAUACUUUAAAUAUUGCAGAAAAUCAUGUGCUUCUGUGUGACCUUCGAGCUUUCUUCAAUGACGAGGAAUGGGAGAGGCUUGAUGCACGCAUUGGACAUGAUAAUAACUGGAAGCAAGUUCAGGUGGUGUGUGAACCAGACACAAGCCUAAGAGAAUGGGGAGUGUAUGUGUACAAAAAAGAAACAAACAUGAAUGAUAUCCAAUUCACAUGUCCAUAUCCUGAGUCCUCAAGGCUACAAUCCUUGCUAGUUAUUACAAAUACUAAAACCAUAUCAAGAGAGGAUGAUAUGGAAAUAGAAAGUGCAAGGGCUUCUUCAUGCUCAGUUGAAGAGACAUCAGCUAGUAUUGUACAAGCUUUAGAAGCAUCAUACUCAAAACAUGGUGUGCUACAUGUUAAUUCAAAUAGUUGUGCUCAAACUUGUAGACUCUGCUGCUCAGCAUUACUUUCAAGUUACAGGAGACUGCUUUGCUGUACCUGCAGAUGUAGGAUUGAUGAUGAUGAGCCUUGUGGAGAAGCACGGAUGACAAAGGCACAGCCAGCGCGAUUCAUGCUAGAUGAUAAUUUAAAUUGUUGUGCUCAAUCCUGUAGCCUCUGCUUCUCAGCAUUACUUUCAAGUUUCAGGAGACUGCUUUGCAGAAUCUGUAGACGCAGACUUGAUAAUGAUGAGCCUUAUGGAGAAGUAAAGAUGACAAAGGCAGGGUCAGGGUCAAUGAUUUCAAGACCACAAGAAGAAUCAAGUGAAAAUGUUGAUGAGGAGCAUGUUCCUUCUUCCUUCUCACAAAGCCUACAAACUGUGGUGGAAAACUUGAAGAGGCUUACAGCUCCAAGAGAAGACAAAGGUUGGAGUCAUGGAGAAGACUGUUACAACUCAGAAUUGAGUGAUGUUGAUUAUGAGGAGGACCACGGGGAAGGAGACUUGGACACGGAAGCAUAGGACUGUAGGAGAUCUUUAGGGGGAGUGUGAAUUGUAAGUUCAUGAUGAAGCCAAGUGGUUGAAGGAUAAUGAUUGUGUACAAGUUUGGUACUCGAGAACACACAUCAUGUCUAAUCUCCUCACAUGUGGCACGUCCGUUAACCGUCAAGAGAAUUAGAUGAAAACGACUUGAUCAAAAGGGAGUCUUACACUAUUAUCUUAUCUUCUUUUUUUUUUGGACGUGGCCAUGGGCCAGAAGACUGACCCGGACCAGAACCCGGAACCCGAACUCGCCCAGACCCAGAAACCACAACCCGAACUCGCCCUGCUCUCCAUACCCCCAAAGCCCGACCUUAAUCUAUCGUGUCCUCUUCUUCGUCGAGCUUAAGGCGUCGCCGCUCCGCCAUUUUCAACGGACCUCCGUGCAAAGCUCAGAAGACUUAUGCAUGUCGCUGAUCCUGUUGUGGGUCUUCCUGAGCUGUGUCACCGACCUGUCGUUCCCUGUAGGUGUGCCGUAAUCAACCGGCGCGGCAUCCCUCCCUCGAUGAAUCUCCCAGUGGUGCCCUUGAGCUCGUCCUGAACUUGCUAAACUCACAGCCGUGAUAUGUCCACUGCUACCCCUCUGCCGAGCGAGAUUCUGCCCAGGAGUGAAUCUGACAGCGUCCCCUCCGCUAAGCAUAUUACUUAUGUUGAUAGUGUCCCUGCUGGAGUCUUUCAUCGGCCAAGGCACAGCCGUGUGUUGAAGCCGGCGUUCCCCCUGAGAUGUAUGGCUGUUCCAGGUUUCCGUUUCCACCCGCCCAGGCAGAAUAACUGUCCACUGCCUCUGUAGCUGAUUUCCUGCUGCCAUCGCUGCCAUCGCUGCCAGUUGGUGAGCUAAGAUGUUACCUUCUCGUGGAGUCCAAGUAGUUCCCACAUCCGGAGCCUCUUCCAGCAGUUGCUUAAUGUCCCUGAUGAUUGCGUCUGCUUCAGCUAAGGGCAUUCUUGCCUUGAUCGCUUGAAUCAGAGCUGCUAAAGCUGAUGUGGUCUUGAAUUUUGAUGAUGUUCCAGUAAUGAUUUUUCCUUGCCAGUCCCUGAUCACUUCUGCUGAUGCUGCCAUUCCUGUUUCCCUGUGAAAGGCCGCAUCUAAGUUUACUUUCACCUUGUUGCGAGGAGGAGGCCUCCAGGCUACCCCUCUGAUUUGGUAAGGGAGCAGCACAACCAAGUUUGUUUUGGUAUGGCAGGCUCACUCAACAUGCUCUGACUCUGGCUUCGCUUCUCACAAUGCUUGCAAUUUCCGGUGGGGGAUGACCUGACUGCGAUCUCAUGAGCUAGUCUGUUUCUCUCUCUCGGCAUCCAGGUGAACCCUGUAUCCUGCAAAUCAUUCGAAAGCAUGAGAAUAUCUUUGAGGAUUGCAUCAAUUUCCCAAAUUUUUCCUUUUGAUUUUACUGCUUGAACAAGAAUUAGGCUAUCUGAUUCUAUAAUAGUCUUUCCAAGCAUUAAGUUUUUUGCCAUAAUGAUAGCUUCCCUGAGUGCAGUGGCCUCGGCUAUUAGGCUUGAUUUGGCUUUGAAACUUGAUGUCGAUCCUGUAAUGAUGCUUCCCAUGUUUUGUGAUGUUUAUUUUGGAAUUUCACAAGAAAGGGUUAAAGGAAUUAGGCUUACCAAUGGUGUGUGAUUGCGGGAGUAUUUGCAUUGGCAGUGUUUUUGUAAAAUGAACAUUGAAUUUUUUGGGUUAGACCUUUUUUAGCCUUCAUAACAUAUUAUGCGACAUCUAUUAAUUUGCCAAAGGAGAGUAUGGCUUUAAAUCACAGUAAGAAUGUCUCUAGAAGUGCUAUCUCAAAUGAUCUUCAAGUUUGAAGAUGGAUAUGGAACCAAGUCCAUUAGUAAAUUAUACUGUGAAUGAGGGAAAUUAUUGAGAGAUUAAUAUUAUACAUACACAUAAUAAGUGGCUGAAGCAUGUGAUAUAAUGACAAAGGUGUUUAUCUCAGACUAAGCCACACACCAGGUUUAAAUCCUAGCAGUGAUAGCUAGGUUAGUGUGUGUGUGUGUGUAUUUGUACGGUAAAAGAAAAAAAACAUAAUAGGAACAUUGUGUAAAAAGUUGGAAUCAAUUGUCUAAGAAAAUUCUAAGAAAGUUGUUCAAACUACUACAAGCAAAUAGAAGUUAUUUGUUAUUUUAAGAAAAUUCCACCUUUAUAAUGUACUUAUUUAUUGGAUUCGAAUCAGUUUACUUGUUGUUAGUUUAAUCUAUUAGAUUUUAUUUCAACUCAGUACAUAAGAUAUUAUUAUUAUUAUUAUAACUAAUGCUAAGUUCAAUCCAUUAGUUUAAUUUCUUUCUGUAUUAUAUAUGUUCUCUAUGAACAUACCAAAGAAUAUUCAACGCUACUUCUUGUGUAGCAUAUUACUAUAAAAUCUUAUAUUUUCUUAUAAUCUUCUUAUCACUAUAUUUUUUUACUAAAAAAAACAAUAUAAAGACAUAUUUUUUUAAUUUACUGUGUACUUAUUAUUCUUAUUAAAUAGAUCAUGGAUAGAGGAAAAUAAGUUGUACAAAUAUUUUUUACCUAAAAUAUUAAAAAACCUUAUUAGUAUAACAUGAAAUAAAAUACAUUAGAAUAAAAUUGCAAUUUUCAUUUUUUCUUUUUUUAUGCCAUGAUAAAAUAGCCUAAUUUCUGCACAAUACAACAGGAAGUGAUGCUCAACAUGCCCAAAUAAACCAGGAAGUGAUUGAUGACUAAUAACUCUUCCAUCUCCAUAGCAUUUUCUAAAUUUCCACAUGCAUAAAUAUCCCCACAGCAUAUAUACAAACUUGACAAGUCAUGCUACUAAUUAAUAGUCUCCAUAUUUUAUAUAUUAUUAUGAUAUGAUUAUUAUUAUUUCUUAAGUGUCAUAUAUAUAUACUUGGGAGAAGGUUAUGCUGCUGUUUCAGUAGUUGAUGGCUUGAGAAGUGAAGAAGAAGAACCAAGAGGCUCAUGCACUACAGAGUUGGAAGAAACUGAUAUGGGAUUUCCCUCAGAUCUCUGCCCUUCUACAGUGUCCCACAAAAAGCUGAAUUCACAGCAGUUCAUCAAUGAUAUUGUCAGAUCCAGGUGUCAUUCACACACACUCUACACGUUUGGUUCUACACCUCCAGAUAUUUUUUUGGAUCCAUACCUUAGAAAAUUCCUUUUUAAUAUGCUUUCUCUUCACAAGUUGCUGCAAUCACAACUUGUAGUGGUGGAUAGGUUUGUAAAUUGUUGUAUAUAUUACUAAGUACUAACAAUUAGGACUAUUACAAGGCAUGUAAAAUUGUACAGUGUUCUUCUUUAUUGAAUUGAAUUUAAUUUUGUUAA